AUGGACGAAGAACGGGCGAAUGAGGCUAGGAUCACCGAACUGGCUAGACAGUUGACUAGGCAGUCUUCACGACACCAAGACGCCCAGGGACUAUCUCGACCCGGGACCAGGCAGAGUGCGAAUGGAGGAAAUGGGGAUGUUAAUUCGGAUUCGGGGGAUUUCUUGAUCGAAAAGGGAACCGAACUCGACCCGUUCAGCGAAAACUUCAACGUCAAAGCCUGGACACGCAAGAUUGUCGGGGUCACUUCACGGGACCCUCAAUUACACCCGAAACGAACUGCCGGAGUGGCUUUCCGUAACCUACAGGUCCAUGGGUUUGGGAGUGAUACCGGUUUCCAGCAGACGGUGGGGAAUGCGCCUUAUGCGGGCUUUGGGACGAUCAGGGAGCUCGUGGGGGGGAAGAAGAGGAAGGUGGAUAUCUUGAAGGGGUUCGAUGCUGUUCUGGAUGCGGGGGAUAUGUUGGUCGUACUCGGACCUCCAGGAAGUGGUUGUUCGACCUUGCUCAAGACGAUCGCAGGAGAGACACAUGGUUUGGAAGUCGAGGAAGGGUCUUAUAUCAACUAUCAAGGCGAGUUCGACCCAAAGACGAUGACCAAGAAUUUCCGGGGCGAGGCCAUCUACACCGCCGAGCAGGACGUUCAUUUCCCCGCACUUACCGUCGGGGAUACCUUGGCCUUUGCUGCCGAGGCCAGGUCGCACAAACACCCCCCGGCCGGUCUGACUCGACGAGAGUUUGCUCAGCAUACUCGGGAUGUCGUCAUGAGCAUCCUCGGUAUCGCCCACACUGUCAACACCAAGGUCGGUAACGAAUACGUACGAGGUGUAUCGGGAGGAGAACGUAAACGAGUCUCCAUCGCCGAGGCGUUGUUGUCGGCUUCUCCGUUGCAAUGCUGGGACAACUCGACCCGUGGUCUCGAUGCCGCCAACGCCGUCGAGUUCUGUAAAACGCUCAAGACGUCGACCGAAUAUGCCGGGUCCACAGCUUGUGUCGCCAUCUACCAGUCGCCUCAGGCUGCUUACGACUUCUUCACCAAGGUCAUCGUCCUCUACGACGGCUACCAGAUCUACUUUGGCCCGGCCACCGAGGCGAAAAAGUUCUUUGUCGACAUGGGUUUCGAUUGCCCCGAACAACAAUCCACUCCCGACUUUUUGACCUCGCUUACCAGCGCCAAAGAGCGGCGACCCAGGAAGGGCUUUGAGGAUCAAGUGCCCAGGUCGGCGGAAGAGUUUUACCAGAGGUGGAAGGCCAGCGACACCUACAAGGAGCUACAGGUCAAGCUCGACGAGUACGACCAACAGUAUCCCUUUGGCGGCGAGCAAUACGAGCAGUUCUUGGCUUCCAGGCGUGCACAGCAAUCCAAGGGCACCCGUGCCAAAUCGCCCUACACCUUGUCUUACGGUGAACAGGUCAAGAUCUGUUUGCGACGAGGGUUCUGGCGACUCAAGGCGGAUCCCAGUUUGACUCUGAGUCAAUUGUUUGGAAACAUCGCUAUGGGUCUCAUCGUCAGCUCGGUCUUUUACAACUUGCCCAUGGACACCAGCAGUUUCUACAGCCGUGGUGCCCUCUUGUUCUUUGCCAUCUUGCUCAACGCCUUUGGAAGUGCUCUCGAAAUCUUGACGCUCUAUGCUCAACGACCCAUCGUCGAGAAGCACGAACGAUAUGCCUUUUACCAUCCGUCAGCCGAGGCCGUCGCUUCGAUGCUCACAGACAUGCCGUACAAAAUCGUCAACGCCAUCUUCUUCAACCUGAUCAUCUACUUCAUGACCAACUUGAGACGAGAGCCCGGUCCAUUCUUCUUCUUCUUCUUGGUCAGCUUCACGGCUACCUUGACCAUGUCAAUGUUCUUCAGAUCUUUGGCGGCCCUUUCGAGGAGUCUGGUUCAGGCACUCACGCCCGCUGCGGGACUGAUUUUGGCCCUGGUCCUGUAUACCGGUUUCGCCCUGCCUCCCAACUAUAUGCUUGGCUGGAUCAGCUGGAUCCGAUGGCUCAACCCGAUUUACUACGCCUUCGAAGCACUCAUGAUCAACGAAUUCCACGACCAAGAAUACCCUUGUGUUGCGUUCGUGCCUUCUGGCCCAGGCUACACUGGCCUUGCUGCGAAUGAAUACGUAUGCUCUACGGUGGGAGCUGUGGCCGGUUCGCAAACGGUCAAUGGAGACAACUACAUCAACGAGGCUUACGACUAUUACCAUGCUCACAAGUGGAGGAACUACGGUAUCAUGAUCGCAUUCGUCUUCGCUCUCAUGUUCCUCUAUCUCGGCGCGACCGAAUUGAUCAAGGCGAAAAAGUCCAAGGGUGAAGUCAUCGUCUUUCCUCGUACCAAGAUGCCCCGUCGAGGCCGCGAGGAUAUCGAAGGCUCCGGUGGUAUGUCCGACACCGAGGCUGCCAAGAAGGAAAAGGCCAAGGACGAAGUUACCAUUCAGCGCCAGACCGCCAUCUUCCACUGGCAAGACGUGUGUUACGACGUGCAAAUCAAGAAGGAGACUCGGCGCAUUCUGGACCACGUCGACGGUUGGGUUAAGCCUGGUACUCUGACCGCGUUAAUGGGAGUUUCUGGAGCUGGUAAAACCACCCUGCUCGAUGUGCUCGCUACUCGAGUCACCAUGGGAGUCGUCAGCGGCGACAUCCUGGUCGAUGGAAAGGAGCGAGACGAGAGUUUCCAACGUAAAACCGGAUACUGCAUGCAACAGGACGUCCAUCUUGCCACUUCCUCUGUUCGAGAGGCGUUGGAAUUCUCCGCGCUGUUGCGACAACCCCGACACAUUCCUAAGCAAGAAAAGCUCGACUACGUUGAUGAAGUCCUCAAGCUGCUCGAAAUGGAAGCCUACCAGCACGCCGUAGUAGGAGAUUUGGGUGAAGGUCUCAACGUCGAACAGCGAAAGCGUCUCACCAUAGGAGUCGAAUUGGUCGCCAAGCCUCAGCUGUUGCUUUUUCUUGACGAGCCUACUUCGGGUCUGGACUCGCAGACCUCUUGGAACAUUUUGGAUCUCCUCGAAAAGCUUGCGAACCAUGGUCAAGCCAUCUUGUGCACUAUCCACCAGCCUUCCGCCAUGCUGUUCGAGCGUUUCGACCGAUUGCUCUUCUUGGCCAAGGGUGGAAAGACCGUCUACUUUGACGAGGUCGGCAAGAACUCGCACAAACUCAUCGACUACUUUGAGCGUCACGGUGGACCCAAGUACCAGACCGGAGAGAACCCCGCAGAAUACAUCUUGCACGCUAUCGGUGCGGCUCCUGGAUCGCACAGCGACGUCGACUGGCACGCCGAAUGGCUGGACAGCCCCGAGCGAGCUGCUGUCCGUGAAGAGCUCGCCCGACUUCGGCGCGAGGGAUCUGGUGCAGCUGCUGAUGACAAGAGCAAGGACCCCGCGGCCUACAAGGAGUUUGCCGCACCGCUCGGUCAACAAUUCUUCAUCGUCACCAAGCGUGUGUUCCAGCAGAUUUGGAGAUCCCCUACGUACAUCUACUCCAAGAUCGCCCUCGUAUCGAUCGUCGGUUUGUUCAUCGGCUUCAGUCUUUUCAAGGCCGACAACACGCAACAGGGCAUGCAGAACCAGUUAUUCGGAAUUUUCUUGCUCUUGACCGUCUUCGGACAGUUGUGUCAGCAGAUCAUGCCUCACUUCGUUACUCAACGUUCGCUCUACGAGAUCCGAGAGAGGCCUUCAAAGACCUAUUCGUGGAUUAUCUUCAUGCUCGCCAACAUCCUGGUCGAAUUGCCUUGGAACACAAUCGCGGGUGUGGUCCUGUUCUUCUGCUGGUACUAUCCUAUCGGUCUCUACCGGAACGCCGUUCCCACCGAUUCUGUCCACGAGCGUGGUGCACUCAUGUUCUUGCUCGUCGAGGCCUUCCUCUGGUUUACCUCGACAUUCGCCCAGAUGGUCAUCGCCGGAAUUCCCACCGCCGAAACCGCAGGAAACAUUGGAAACUUGAUCUUCUCGCUCUCAUUGAUUUUCUGUGGUGUCCUGGUUCAGCGACCUGAUCUCGGAUGGUGGAUCUGGAUGUAUUACAUAUCGCCGUUCACCUGGCUGGUCGAAGGCAUGCUGACGACUGGAAUCGCUGGCACAAACGUCGUAUGUGCCGAUCGCGAGUACCUCGUCUUCGAGCCCGUUGGUAGUCAAACCUGCGAGGCCUACAUGUCCGACUAUAUCAGCAGGGCUGGAGGAUACCUUCUCGACCCGGCUGCUACGACCAACUGUCAAUAUUGUCAACUCGAAGACACGGAUACCUUUUUGGCCUCUUUCAACAUGUCUUAUUCUCACGCCUGGCGCAACUUUGGUAUCCUGAUCGCCUACUGCGUCUUCAACGUGUUUGCCGCUCUCGCCAUUUACUACUUGGCUCGAGUUCCCAAGAAGGCAAAGGCGAAGAAGGGCUCCGAGGAGAAGAAGGGUGCCUCGAACGACACCUCUGCCAAAAAGGCCUAG